AUGUCCUGGUCCCAAUUGACUGUUAGACUUCAACAAAGAGUUGUCGGAUGGUUGGAUUACGAGUCAAGAUGCCAACUCCGUUCCUGCUCAAAAGACGAUAGGGAUACUGUAGAUUCCACAAAGUUUAUUGCAUCGAAACUGAAAAUUAGUGAGAGUCGAAGUGAAAUGUCAGAGGGAAAAACAAUCAUCCGUUGUGAUCUAGACACUUUUACAAUCUGGUUCAUUGGAAAAGAGAAUAUAACAAGAGUUGAUAGAGGAUGGAAUGGAGAAAUAAUUGAAGGAUUAUCUGAAAUCAAACAGGAAAAUCGACAUGAUAUUACUAGACAAUUCUUGCAAAAAAUAACAAACAAUGGAGUGAUUCAAAUGAAUUCUCUGGAAUUUGAAUGCAUCGAAUUCGAUUAUCCUGACAACUGGAAACCGAAAUGUGACAUUUUGAGAGUGUUCAACAUACCCGAACAGCAUUAUCUGAAUUGGAUCAGGAAUUUGUUCGAAAACUGCCGAAAACUGAAAGCACUGGAAAUCAGAUGUUGGGGAGAAUACCCCGAAAUCGAUAGAAUGUUAUCUGAAUGUGAGGUUUUUGAAUCUCUGAAAUGUGAUCAUGAUACACAUUUGACUGAUGAGGAUUUAGAGAGAAUGAAGGCAAUAGAUUUGAGAAUUUCUUCGGAUAGAAUAACUGUAGAGGGAGCGAAGAAAAGAUUGGAGUUAUUCCUGAAAUAUGGAAAAAAGGAUGACCAACUGGAGCUCCGUUUUCUGAAGCCGGAAAGUUUCGAUGCGGAAAUAGAUCUUUUCUCGAAGUCUCUUGUGAUCAAAACUGUAGGAAAAGAUGAAUCUGGCGAUUUCACCGGAAAGAUUGUCGGAGGCUUUGAGAAUGUUCAUGGAGUACGAAAUCCAAGAGAUAUCGAAUGUGUUCUUUUCGAUGAAACCAUGAGAAUUUGGUGUACUCUUCCAUAUGAACAUGAUCCAAUUCCGUUUGCAUUGUAUCCAUUUUAA